AUCAUCAUCAUCAUCAUCAUCAUCCUCUUCAGUUAGUCUCUUAGUCAGUUAGUAUCGUCGUCGUCGUCGUCGCCACAUUUCGCCGCGCCGUUCACUCGUCAGCAUCAUCGAGGCGAUUCACAGCCUCGACCUGCUCACUCACCCUCGCCUACUGCCAUCACCACCACUACCACUCUCAUUCAUCGCCGAUCAUGUCUCCCACGAAGCCGCACCACCAGCACCAACAACAGGCGCACCACCACCAACCCCCCGUCUCCGCCGUCCACGCCUCCGCCGCCCUCUUCCCCGACUCGGACUUCACCGCCUCCUUCCACGCCUCGCAGAACCUCAUGAUCUCGUGCGGCUGCGUGCCCGUCGACCCGGCCCGCCGCCUCAUCGCCCUCCUGCACGACCCCCACACCGGCAUCACCCAGCUACCCAAGGGUCGCAAGAACAUCGGCGAGGACGUGGCCCGCGCCGCCCUCCGCGAGACCUGCGAGGAGACGGGCCUCCUGGGCUUCCGCCUGCUGCCCCUGCGCGUCGCCACCCGCGCCACGCCCACGGCGGAGAUGCUCGACGCGCACUUUGGCACUGCGACGCCUAGCGCUGCGGCGGCGGCGGCUGCGGAAGCCGCUGCUGGUGGUGCUGGUGCUGUAGGGGGACCGACGGUAUCAGCAGCGGCCACUGCCUCCAACGGCAGCGGCAGCGGCAAUGGCCAAGGACAUGAGGUUGAUACAGCAGACACCGCCGCCGACGACGACGACGCCCAGUGGCACAACCUCGAAGACGUCACCUCCUGGCAGCCCAACACGGAGCCAAUCGCAGUCACCACCAGGCGCUGCCGCGGCACCCUCGCCCUCAAGCUCGUCCUCUGGUACGUCGCCGAGGGCGACUCGACGGCCGAGUCGCACGCCGCCGACACGCGCGAGGCAUGGGAGGCGCACUACAUCCUCGAGUGGGUCGACGCUCGCGACGCGCCCGGCCGCAUGACUUUCCCGACCGACGCCAGCGUCGUCGAGAAGGCCCUCGACGACAUGCGCCGCUCCGGCUACGACAUUUGAGCCUGGUGGCGCCUCUGGCCAGGAUGGACGACCAUCCGCCAGCCAGGUGAGCACCUGACUACUACGACGACGACGACGACAUGAUCCAAACAACACCCCGGCCCCCUUUGUCACAGCUGCCGCUGUCUCCCCCCCCCCCUCUUUGGCUCAACGACCCCGACAGACGCCCUGGAGCCCAAUCCGUCCGCUAUGGUGGUAGCCCAGAAGUAGGGUAUAAAAUGGGGGACAUCGUGCCUGUGACUGGGGGCGGGGGGCGUGAAUGAUGGUCUUUGGCUGCCGGUCUCCCCGUGUGUUCUGUGCUUCCAUGUUUUCGCGCUUCAGUGUCUUCAUACAACGAGAAAGUGAGAGUGAGUAUCAAAACUGUGGUUGACGAUGUGCAUCCAAGGCGCGCGCAGGAGAGCACAUGGACGUUGCAAGCGUAUAAUACCCCCACCCAGACCGCUACACAGAGAGACCCCGUAUUGUUUUCAAAUCGCCCCCCGCCCAAAGACUGGAAUAAUGUACACGAGCCUGGGCGCUUGCCCGUGACCAACGCCGCUCCCGGGUCGCAACGUCCUCGACAUGAUGCGCGCGUUGUUGUUCUUUGCUCUUGUUGGCCGUAUGAGAUGCUCUUACUGUAGUCACCACGCCCCA